UGUAACAUUUGAAGAGAGAGAAAGAGAGAGAGAGAGAGAGAGAGAGAUAAUUUCCAUCUUCCUCGCUCGCUUUCUGAAACUCGUCGACGGAGAAGAGAACAGAUCGUCUGUUCGGAAAAUUCGCAGAUCUCAUUGCAAAGAAGUGACUGCAGCAAUUCAACUGUCGCAGGAGAAAGAAGGACGCGCAAUUUGAAGCUAUUAGAGAUGUUGCCUACAGCUUCCAGAGGGCGUUCUUCGGCCUCUACAUCUCGAGCUAAUUCCAUGUAUCCACAGUACCUCCGUCGAAUUGUCAAGUGGCAACAAAUGGACAUCGAAUAUACAUUCUGGCAAAUGCUUCAUCUAUGCACUUCACCAAAAGUUGUCUAUCAGCAUACCAAGUAUCACAAGCAAACUAAGAAUCAAUGGGCACGUGAUGAUCCUGCUUUUGUUGUGAUCUGCAGUCUUCUUUUGGCAAUCGCAACUUUGGCUUACUGUGCUGCAUAUGAUCAUAGUGCAGCACAUGCCACUUUUGUAGUUAUUUCAGUACUGCUCUUCCAUUUGCUAAUAACUGGGGCGAUUUUGGCUACUGGUUGUUGGUUAUUAACAAAUUCUUACCUUCGGGAAGAGACACCGGGCAGUCAUGUAGUUGAGCAACGGGUUGAGUGGCUCUAUGCAUUUGAUGUGCACUGUAAUUCUUUCUUCCCAAUGUUCGUCUUGCUUUACGUGAUCCAUUAUUUUAUAUCACCGCUUCUGGUGGCCCAUGGCUUCAUUCCGUUAUUGCUAUCAAAUUUGCUUUUCAUGAUUGGGGCUUCGUAUUACCACUACGUCAACUUUUUAGGUUAUGAUGUACUGCCAUUUUUGGAGAAAACCACCGUCUUCCUCUAUCCAAUCGGCGUGGUCUUUGUCCUUACUCCGAUCUUUAUCCUGAUUGGCUUCAACCCUUCAAGAUACUUCAUGAAUAUGUACUUUAGUCAGAACUUAUAAUCUCUCGAUUUACGGAUUCGGCUACAGCUUACCUUGAGGCAGGAGGAUUAAUAGAUCAAUGAUUUCAUCCACGCAAGUCACUAAUGACUGCAUUUGUUUAGAAAUGAGGAAGAGUCCGCGGUGGUUACAGCCUCAGUUGCUAAUGAGUGAUAUCAGGAACUGUAGGGGGUAGGAACUUGGUAUCUUGUGCUUUCACAGUUGCAAGUGAGGUGACGCGGCUGAUUUUUUGAUGAAAUAGAUCUGUUGAAUAUAUUAUAAUGAUUUUUACCUGAUACACUUUGUUUGCAGUUUACAUAAAAUUCACACUUGAAACAUUUAUUUA